ACAAAGAGGAAGAAACUGUCUUCUGGAGCUGGAUGUGGAAUUAGCAGCGACUCUACUGCCGAACACAUGAUCGCUCUGGCAUCAACAUCAGCGCUAGCUGCUCCUGAACACUCGAGCACCAGCUACACACAAGUAGUUGAGCGCGUCAUCGCCUUGGCCUCCACAUCAGAGCCAGCUACUUCUGAACACACGAGCACCGACUCCACUGCCGAGCACAAGAUCGCUUUGGCAUCAACAUCAGGGCCAGCUGCUCCUGAACACUCGAGCACCAGCUCCACAGAAGAAGUCGAGUGCAUCAUCGCCUUGGCCUCCAUAUCAGAGCCAGCUACUUCUGAACACUCGAGCACUGACUCCUCGCAAGAGGUCGAGCAGAUCAUCUCUUUAGCCUCAACUUCAGGGCCAGCUGUUCCUGAACACUCGAGCACCGACUACAUGCAAGAGGUCGAGCAAAUUGUCGACAGCGAUUUGGCCUCAACAUCAUGGGAGUCUACUCCUGAGCACACAGCAACUGAUCAUGGCAGCCAAAUUCGGUCAGAUGUGUGCCGCCAGGGGGUCCAGCGGGAAGACACAUCCCAUCGCGACCACGCCUACUCGAAACCCAAAGCUCCAGCUGCGACUCCUGCUCUUCAUAGUGGCUAUAGCCUUGAGGAUCGAGACAUCUUUUUUUUAUACCGGUCUCCAUGCAGACGUCUUCAAGGAGUUGGUGAAAGUUGUGCCACAGUUUGCUACAACAAAUUUUAUGAUGCCUGUUGA